UGACCGUAAGGAAGAGUGCCCACGGAAUUUCCAGUCAUGGAAGUUCGAUUCGACAAAAUUAAACAACGAUGUGAAGACUAUUUCAUCGAAAAACCCGUGGAGACCGUAAAGGAAAAUUCGUAACCAAGCGUUGACCGCCAUAUGGUAAGAAUCCCCAGCACUACACCCUCGGUUUUUUGGAGGUUCGAUAUGUAGCAUCCAGUCCCUCCUUAUCUCGGUAUCCAACAUGGCAUCGACAACUAAAUACGCCAGUCAUGGAAAACAGUUUCUAUAGCGUUGACGAUGGCGACUUGGCCGGAAGCGAACAAAAAACGCAAUCACGCACGAAAUGCAACCCUUGAGUUACUAUCAGAUGGUAGAAGCAGACACUCUAAGAGCUCUCAAGCAAGCAGCAGGGUUACAGAAUUUGAAAAUCUAGGUCUCUCUGUGGAACGAGAUGGACAAGCUAUGAGUGAUGUGUCAUCCUUUCAUUCAGAAUCAUUGUACAGUCAGCAUGCUGAUAGUUUGCACAUAUCUGCCAGUGUACCCUCACACUUGUCACCAGAAGUUACAUAUCAGAGAAGUUUACCAAACAUAACUAUUGGCUGUGUCAGUAUUGUUGUUACCUUCUUCCUCUUCAUCACUGGUGUAAUUCUGGACACAGUUUUUAAACAAAAAAAUGAACAAAAAGUAAUUAAGACGGCUUGUGAAGUGUUGAUGGCAGCAGGGCUCUUUGGAUUCACUGGUGGAGUAACCAACUGGGUCGGAAUUAAACUGAUAUUCAACAGGAUUCCAGGAUUGUUUUUUAGUGGAGCCAUCAUUAAGAAUUUUGUAACUGCCAGGAAACUGAUGGCCAAUUUUAUUCUUGAGGCAUUUUUCAGUCCUUCACAAGUUAGAAAUUACAUUAAUGACAAAAAGAGAACAUAUCUGACAGCAGAACAGAUAGACUAUCAGCUUGAGAAACUUCUCAAUUCCAGAAUUGCAGAAGAUGUGAUUCAUGAACAGUUGGAGGUUUUGAUGGGAACACCAGAAGGUCUCAAACUUCGUAUGCUUGGUGUCACCAAAGCCAAACUGGCGCCCCUUGUAAAACCUCAGUUGAUGAAGUAUAAAACACACAUCGUGCCAUUGUUACUCUCAUCAAUUGAAUCAGUUGAUCUGUUAAAUGCGGAUCACCUCAGAGAACAGAUUGUGGAUUUGAUUUCGACAAGGACGCAAGAACUGUCCGCACAACAAGUCAAGCUGCUGGUCGAAGACGCGGUCUACCGACAUUUAAGUUGGAUAGUUUUCUGGGGGAGUGUGUUGGGAGCUGUGGUUGGCUGUGCAGCCGAGCUCGCCUCCGUUUACAUCAACGGCACGUGACUCGUCAGAUGGCUUGGAAACAAUGUGUGGGGUCUGGGCUGAUUCAUUACAUGGUCAACUUUUAAAUGAAAGCCGACUGAUCGUACGGAACAAUUAACCUUCUGAGCCAUAGAGUUUGUCAGGGAGCGAUUUGGCCAGCUUCGCAGGUUGCUAAGAGUGCUCCCGUAGAAUGUACACAUGUACGUACCAUAGAUUUCCGCAGAUAUGAAAAACGUUGUCCGGAACGGCUCACUCUAAGCAAAUACACGGUGGAUCUUAAGAAGCUUCAUUUAGGCUCAUGAUGACAAAGUGUAAGCAUUUGUAUGGAAUUGCAGAUAAAUUUUACAAACGUAAUGUUGUAAAGGAAUUGGAGUUUCACAAGGAACAAUGAACGAAGAAAAUGAAAAAAUUAAAAGGUUAAGGAGAGUUAAGGCUUAUAAAUCACUUUCAACAAUGGUCUUCUUUGAAACGAGUGUUUAAAAGCGAGAUGAAAUUCAAAGCAGGGGCGAUCGGCGACCGGCGUAAGACGAACCGUGAUCAUGACAAGAUAACAGCAAAAUAAAGGUAAUGAAAACUGUCCGUCUAUCUGUUUUUG